AUGCGAGAAGACCUCAUUGCCUCCGCCGUAAGUCUCCUGUCGGACCCCGCCGUCGCAGCCUCACCCCUCGAGAAACGCAUCGCCUUCCUGCAGUCCAAGAAUCUGACGCAGGAAGAAGUCGACGCCUCCCUCCUCCGCGCACAGUCAGCCCUCGUCCCCGCCGGCGCCGCCGCACAACUCCCACCGCCCGUCGGCGGCCUCUACCCCCCCGGCGGCUACUUUGCCCCACAAGCCAACCCCUACCGCUAUGCCCCACAAGAACUCCCCCCCCGCGCCCGCGACUGGCGCGACUACUUCAUCCUCGCCACCGUCACCACCACCGCCUCCCUAACCCUCUACCACCUCGCCCGUCGCUACAUCACCCCCCUAAUCGCGCCCCCCACGCCCCCCCAACUCGCAACCGACAAAGCCGCCAUCGACGCCGAAUUCGCCAAAGCCUUCACCCUCCUCGACACCCUCCGCACCGACACCAGCGCCCUCAAGACCGCCGAAGAGGAGCGCAAAACGCGCGUCGACGCCGCCCUCGCCGAAGUCGAAUCCGUCAUCCAGUCGCUCAAAGACGCCGGAAAGCGCCGCGAGGACGAGAGCAAGCGCGUCGGCGACGAGGUCCGCGGCCUCCGCGACCUCAUCCCAAAGGCCCUCGAGGGCCAGAAGGAGAGCCAGAAGAAGGCGCUCGAGGACCUCGGCAGCGAGCUCAAGAGCCUCAAGCAGCUCGUCAUGAACAGGACCGGCGCGGGAAGGCCGCAGUUUGCGCCGCCCGGAGGAGGAGUGGUGGGCGGGACGCCGCCGCUGGAUCCGAGUGCGCCGCUGGGGUCCGGGACGGGGGCGAAUGCGCUUGGUGGGUUGGGGGCCGCGAAGACUGGUGCGCCGCUGCCGUUUGGCGGGGUGGGUAGUCGUCCGGCGAUUCCGGCGUGGCAGAUGGCGGCCGCGAAUAAGGCUGCUGCGGCGGCGGUGGCGAGUCCGGCGCCGGAGGGGGGGGAGGGGGCGAGUAGUGGGUAG